AUGUCGAGUGCCACGCUCCCAGAUUCUGCCCGGGAGACCGUCGUCAGCGCCUUCAUCGCCUACGAGACGAUGAAUCGUCAUUGGAAGGCCAACAAGCUCGACUCCGGCAAGCUGAACGCGGACCUCUACCUGGAGACCAUCCAGGCGGCCAAUCACAGCCUGCAGGCCUCGUACCGGAUGAAGACUCGGCUCCGCGAGGCUCGCCAUCUGCGCUUUGUGCACGAGGAGCUCAACUUCGCCAUCCCGACGCGCCUGAGCGAUGCCCUCAAGGAAACCGACCGUGUCCGCUGCGGGGCCGACGAGCGACUGACCGAUUGGGAGACGUGCCAGGGCUACUACCGCAUGCCCUCCUCGGAUAGGGCCGCCAGUCUGAAGACGCGUGUUGAUCAGAUGAAGACCUGGAUCACCUAUGUCGAGAAGCAUCUGCUGGCUAUUGAUGGGUUGCGCACGGACACGGCUCGCAUUUUCGAUGAGAUCGACAUCUUGCAGGCCACGGUCCAAUCUGCCGCGCUCAACCUGGACCAGCUGAAGCCGGACUGGCGCAAGAUGUACGACUACCCGAAGUUUCCCUCAAAACCCGAUACGGCAGGUAUUCUGCCCCUCUCGAAGGAGCUGCCGUCCGACGGCGUGCUGGGAGAUGUUGAGCAGGGCGAACAGGAUACGCGCACCAACGAUACCCCGCCCGGAUCACCCCAGGUUGACCUGAUCGAGCCGUUGCGCCAGGGGCGUCACCACAAAAAGGUGUGUGAAGAGCUGAAGGCAGCCGUGCCGAAGAGACUCGUCGAAGCGCUGGCAUCCCACGACCGUGUGCGGGGAGGCAUGGAAUACGAGAACGCCGCCUUCUGGACCAGCAUGGGCGCCUAUCAGCGUCUGCCGCUGGCCGACAACGCGCCGAAGACCCAGCAGAAGGUCGAGCUGUUCCGCCAAUGGGCGAACAAGAUGGAGAAAGUCCUCCAGAAGGUUCACCAGGCCGCCGUCCACCUCGACAGGCUCUCGGCGACGUGGCGCACGGCGUUCGUCUGGCCGAAAUUGCCCGCCAAACCGGACCCGAUCGUGGAGCUGGAUGUGGAGCUGGAUGUGGAGCUGGAUGGUCGUCGAUGUGCCGAAGAUCAACGGGGUGGAACUCGAGCGCGACACUCGUGC